ACAGAUCUCCUGGUUAUACCUAUAUAAUGCAUCGUGGUUUAUGGUCACUUACAACUAUAUAUUUUUUUAUUGGCAGAUCCUACAAGAGAUAAGCAUACUCUUUCCUUUCUGCAAGGGAGAUUAUCAGGGCUGGAAAGACUCUAUACGACAUAACCUCUCCUCUAAUGGCUGCUUCCGAAAGGUCCUGAAAGAUCCACUGAAGCCACAGGCUAAAGACAACUACUGGACGAUAGAUGCAAGACCGAUUUCCUUCAAAGCCACGAAGCUGCAGAAUACGGUGAUCACCCGGCCUACCCUCAUGACCUGUCCAUAUAUCCUGCAUGGACGGCCCUACAGACCUUUCAAUUUUCAGAACUCAUCUUUCACAAGAAAAUACUGCAGUCAGAGGAAAAGCAGAGGCUCAGUCCCCAGUACCAACCCACAAGUGUACAACCCACCUCAACCUUCUAUCGUACUCAAUGUGUGGCCCCCCAAUGUGCUAGCCCCUCCCUGCUGCUUUACUCCCAACUUCUCACUCUAACUACAUGUCUUCCCCAUACUCUAGCUCCACCUAUGCAGAGCUGAGGGAUUUCUACCCUCCAAUCUGAGACCUUAAAUAUCUCCCCCACCUUGACCCUCUGAAGCCAGGAUAUUUGUCAGAUUUCCCUCCCAAUACAAUGGUCUUUGAUGGCCCCAAGUUCCCAGGGCAGCACGUACCCAAUGGUUACCGAUUGGCCAGAUGUUGACAAGAAGGUUUCAUUUUUGUCCCAAGGACUAGCUGCACUUGAAGUCUUACCCGAUGACGUUGGCACCAGUGUUAAUUUUGUUAAAUGUAUUCAUCAACUAAAUUAAACACCAUUAGUUGACCAACACAAUUCAGAUGCUAC